ACGUAUCUUCAUCCUAAAUGGGAGCUAUGACCAGUCUCACUGUGGAGUUUGCGUUAUUUCUUCUGGUGGAUUUGGUUUUGAGUCUCUGUGCGCAGCCAUUCCACGGGAUGCGUCCCGACGCGCUGUUCCGAGGGAUGACGGGUCGCUCCGUCGGCUCCAGACGCGCCGGAAACAGGCUUCCUGUGUACAUGAUGCAACUCUAUCGGACGAUGAAGACCGAGGAUCGGACCAGAUCUUCGGCAGACAUCAGCAGCAUCAAGAGGGAGGAUAUCCCCGUCCUCCACGAAUCUGACUUUGUGAUCAGCCUAGUAGCUAAAAGUUGCCAUCAGAUCGGUGAGAAAUGGUCAGUUAUCUUCGACUUGUCCUCCAUGUCUCCAAGUGAUAACAUCCACCUGGCUGAGCUCCACAUCCGCCAGCCUGCCUUCACAGAGUCUUCCACUGCCUCCGUAGACAUCUAUCACUCCAACUGGGAACGAUGUUCUGAUACGGACUGCUCUGAGAGCAGGCUGCUUCUGGGACGCCUGAGAGCUCAUCCAAGCUCAGUGGUCUCAACCUCAGCAUGGAAAGUAUUCAACAUGACCAAAAUGAUCCGUCGCUGGCUUUAUCAGGGACCCCCAGUUCAGAGAAUGGAGGAGGUUUUAGCUCAGGUGAAAAAGGAUCAGGAGCAGCAGAGAAUCCAGCACCCAACGGCCGAUAGGGUGAUGAUAGUGGUCUUCUUUAGGCAGAGGCCACGCAGCCAGCAAAUGCCAACACUGAUCCGCACAGCAGAACACUCCAAGUACAUCAACCUGGACAGGGUGCCCACCACCAGGAUGAGGAGCCACAGGGAAAAGAGGCAUGGACAGAAAUGGCAGAGACAGAGAGACCCUGCAAAGGAGGAGGAGCAAAGUGAUCUCUGCAGGAAGGAGGACAUGUGGAUGGACUUUGAGAAGUUUAACUGGAGCGAUUGGAUCAUCUAUCCCAAACGGUACAAUGCUUAUCGCUGUGAAGGGACAUGUCCUACACCUGUAGAUGAGAUCUUUGCUCCAACUAACCAUGCAUACAUGCAGAGCCUGUUGAGGUUACAUCACCCAGACAAGGUACCAAGUCUGUCUUGUGUGCCCACACGCCUGGCACCACUUUCAAUGCUGUACUACGAGAACGGGAGGAUGGUGAUGAGGCAUCAUGAGAAUAUGGUCGUGGAGGAGUGUGGCUGCCACUGAGGACAAACAAAAAGUGGAUGAAAACACUACAGGCACUUUACAUCUAAUCUCAAACUUGGACAAAAGCAAGAGAAAUGAAAUCAAUAGCUGGACUUGAGAAGGACUCUUAACAGAAGCACUAUUAGAUUUUUACAAAUACAUCAAGUUCUGCCUUUUAUGGACAAACUGUACUCAUUUUAUGUUCAGUAACUUUAUUUUUUAAUGCCAAUGAAAGAAUAAGAACAGUGGACCUGGAAUUUUUGGGUCACACUG